AUGCGUCCUCUAUCCAUCUUCGGACUCGCAACACUCGCCGGUAUGACCGCCUCUGCCGAACAGGCCGUCGACGUCAACAACCCAGCCAAAAGAGACCUACAGCCGGCGGCAAUAAUGGCUCCGAAACUAGUGGCCAGAGUCAACCCGGUUGUGGCACCGCCAGUGAGCGCUCCAAAACCAGUCCCAGGCACCGACUUGACGGCGUCCAAACCCCCUUCGACCGUGGAUCCGCUUCCGCAGCCACAACCCCCCAAUGCAGGAUCGGACAACGGGCCGCCACCUUCCGCGAACUCGCCGAGCCGCUCUGCCGGUCACCGCGAGAUCAACUCGGUGGGCUUUGAGGUCCUGGCGGCCCUCGUUGUCACUGCCUAUCUGCUUUAGAUGAGGACAAGACGGGGCUUGUUUGUUGGAUUGGAAAGUAGAGCCAGUGGAUUGGAUUGUAGGGAGUAUGGAUCUUGUGGCAAAUGGGUACAUGUAGCCGGACAUUCGGAAUUCAACUGUUUUCUCACUCUUUGUUGUGCCAUAGUUGAUGGUCCAUGUGGUAAAGCCCUGUUCUCUGAGUCGGCCUUUGCAGAGGUGGUGAAUGGGGCUUUUCUGCAUAAUAUCCGGACAAACGUCCAAGGCGUUCCCUAGGUAUUUUGGUGACCCGUGCAUAUAUACUGAGUGUAAAUUUCUGCUGCAUUGGACAACCGUACAACUUGUCUGUGGAGCCCAAUGACAGUAACAUGCUGCCCAGCUCAUUCGACCAUCCCGCCCACAUAUGCUGGUCAAUGUCCAUAGCUGGUUGUCAGUAAGCUUGUCAGUCCAGUUUGGGCAACACUUCUACAUCGGUUAGCCACGGG